AAUCUGUGACAGUUCUCGACGUCAAAACACUGCCGUUCGCUCGCAUGGUUGCGCUGCGCCCACCCCAUCGCGAUUGUGUUACCUAAACAGUGAGCCAGAAAAAUUGUGCUGCAUUUUCCGCCGGCGCUAUUGAAAACAAGCGAAAUGUUUGCCGUAAGUAACUUGACGCUGGCAGCCAGCAGGCUGGGUACGACGCGUUCGGUUUUGCUGGGGACCGCCCGGCCGCUGCAUACCGCCGUCGUCGAUUUGGCCGCCCGAAAGGGAACCCGCGAGAAGGCCCGCAAGGCAAAGGUGAAGAAAGUGGUCGAGAAGGUUGGAUUCAUCCGGCACGAUAUGCGCAACAAGGGCAAAUUGAAUAUAAACCAGACCGAUAAGCACAUCGACGACAGCUGGAAGCAGGAUCCGGUCGAUAAUUGCUGGGUCAGUAAGUACUACAAGUGGCGAGUGUACACGGUGGAGGAGGCUAUCCGGUGCCACCGGGAGACGCAUCAUCCGACGAUGAUUAACUUGCCGAACGCGCCCCUGAUGGCCCACAUCGAGUUGAACAUGCAGGCGGAGAAGAUCACCCGGUUUGUGGACAAUUUCCAGCGGAUGGUGGCCAUUCCGCACAAGUUUGAGCACGGCGAGAACCGAAAUAUCAUCGUGUUUGCCAAGGGUCAGGAGAACCUAAAGGAAGCCACCGAUGCCGGUGCCACUCUGGUUGGAGGAGUUGAGCUCAUCAAGGAAAUUCAGAACGGAGACCUUCAGGUGUCCGAGUACCCAUACGUUCUGGCCCAUCCGAACAUCCUGCCGGAUUUGGUUGUGAUCCGAGGGCUGCUCAAGAAGAACAAGUUUCCCAAUCCGCGCCACGGAACGCUGGGCGUCGAACUGGCCGAUAUGGUGAAACGGUAUUUGCAUGGAAUCCAAUACUCGGCCGAGAAGGACGAGAAUCAGAAAAACUUCGGCCAGAUCGUUGCCUCCGUUGGAACGCUCGAGAUGGACGCGAAAAAGCUCGAAGAGAACUUGGCCACCCUGCUGAAGGACAUCAAUACUAUGAGACCGAAGCGGGAGGGUAAGUUUAUCACUAGGGUGCUGUUGAAGAGCCCUCCUUCCGGGGAGCAGCUCAAGAUUGAUCCGUUCCUGUACGUACCGGCCGAGGGUAAGGCCGCGGCUAAGAAGGGCAAGGCCGUUGAAGAAGAAGCUGCCGAGGAAUCAGACGACGAAGAUGAGAAGCAGGCGAGUGCUAGUAAUUGAUAAGAUUUAGUCGGAUAAGAUUCGAUAGCGGUUAAAAUAUAUGGAGAACCUUACAGAAAAAAAUUCA